AUUAAAAUCUUGAAAAGAUAUAUUUAUAGGUAUUAUUCUUGUAUAUAUGUCUAAUGAUGAGGAAUUUUCUCUUAUAGAUGGGAUAACAUCUAUUUCAUUUAAUACAGAUUCAUUAGAAAGUUAUUAUAAGGCAAUUGAAUUUUAUUGUAAGAUUGGAUUUAAGGAAAUAUUUCAUUAUGAUUGUAAAGAACAACAUAUAAAGAAAUUACCAGGGAAUUUCUCGUUUAAAAGUGAUAGAGAAAUAUGGUUGAAUAUUUUGAGGGGAAAGGAUAAGGAAUUAACUAUUAAAAUCCAGUUUUUUCAAGAUAAUAAUAAUAAAAAACCAGAAAAAGUACUAGAUAAUAGUCAAAAAGGAAAUCCAGAUAUGUCAUAUACACUUGUUGUUGCUAGUUUAUCAACGAUUAUUUGCAAAUUGGAUGAAAUCAAUGUUUCGUAUGAUUUAUAUCCUAGCCAAACGUUUCCAUUGCAGGCUACAGUAAAGGAUCCUUUAGGAAAUUAUAUUAAUUUUACAGAAAAAUUUUCAUCUUUUUCACAUACUCAAGAGAAAUCAGUUUUUUUAGAUCCUCAAAAAGAAGAAGUUUCAUUGAAUAUUUUGGAUAAGAAAGAAAAUAUUUCUAAAAGGAAGAUAGCGGUUAUGACAAGUGGAGGAGAUGCGCCUGGAAUGAACGCAGCUGUUCGUUCAGUUGUCAGAAUGAUAAUAGCAAUGAAUUGUGAAGCAUAUUUUAUUUAUGAAGGAUAUAAAGGUUUAGUAGAAGGAGGAAAUAUGAUAAAAAGAGCGUUUUGGUCAGAUGUUCGAGGCUGGUUAUCAGAAGGUGGAACUCUUAUAGGAACUUCUAGAUGUAUGACAUUUAAAGAAAAACAAGGGAAACUUUCUGCUGUAAAAAACUUAAUUCUUAAUGAAAUCAGCUCUUUAAUUAUAUGUGGAGGGGAUGGCUCGUUAACAGGCGCUAAUAUUUUUCGUUCUGAAUGGUCAUCACUUAUUGAAGAAUUAAUAUCUACUAACGUUCUUACUCGUAAACAAGUUGAAAAUCAUAUGAAUCUUCAUAUUAUUGGGUUAGUUGGAUCUAUAGACAAUGAUAUGGCAUCAACUGAUGUAACAAUUGGUGCUUAUUCCUCAUUACAUAGGAUCUGCGAUUCUGUAGAUUCUAUUGGUGCAACAGCUUUAUCUCAUUCUCGCGCAUUUGUAAUUGAAGUAAUGGGUCGUAAUUGUGGUUGGCUUGCCUUAAUGGCAGGCAUAAGUACUGGUGCAGAUUUGGUAUUCAUCCCAGAAAGUCCCCCAUUUGAAGAUGAUUGGCAGUCUGAAAUCUGUAAAACAAUAAAAAAACAAAGAGAAAUGGGAAAAAGGAAAACAGUAAUAAUUGUAGCAGAAGGAGCUAUAGAUAGAGAUUUAAACCCCAUUACAGCUAGUUAUAUAAAGGAACUGUUAGUUGAAAAGCUCAAUUUAGAUACUAGAGUAACAACUUUGGGUCAUAUUCAACGAGGUGGAGUUCCAUGUUUUUAUGAUCGUCUUUUGGGUACUCUUCAAGGCGUAGAAGCUGUACAUGCAAUUUUAGAAUCAACUUCUGAUUCUCCAAGCCAGAUGAUUGCUAUUAAUGAAAAUAAAAUUACUAGAAAGUCUCUUUCUGAAUCAGUAGAACUUACACAUAGUUCUGCAGAAGCAAUUCAGAAAAAGGAUUUUAAAAAGGCAAUGCAGCUAAGAAAUAUAGAUUUUUCAGAUUAUUAUCAGACUUAUUUAUAUAUGACUGUUUUUCAAAAACAACCGAAGCUUUACAAUGAUACAUUAAUGCCAUUUCUGGAGAAGAGUUUAAGAAUUGCUAUAAUUCAUGUAGGUGCACCUGCUGGAGGAAUGAACAUAGCUACACGAUCUUUUGUAAGAUAUUGUUUAAAUAAAGGUCAUGUUCCUCUUGCAAUUCACAAUGGUUUUCAAGGUUUACUCUCAGAUGACGUUGUGAGAGAACUAUCUUGGAUGGAAGUUGAAGAUUGGAUUACUCGUGGGGGAAGCGAAAUUGGCACUAAUAGAGAUCUUCCAAAUACUGAUAUAGGCAUGACAGCUUUAAUGUUUCAAAAAUACAAUUUUAAUGCAUUAAUGAUUGUUGGUGGAUUCGAAGCCUUUUUAUCCCUUUUACAAUUAUAUAAGGCAAGAGCUAAUUAUCCAGCAUUUCGAAUUCCUAUGAUUUGUCUUCCUGCAACAAUUAGUAAUAAUGUUCCAGGAACUGACUUUUCCUUAGGAACCGAUACAUGCCUUAACACUCUUAUAGAUUAUUGUGAUGCUGUUAAACAAAGUGCAAAUGCUAGUCAUAAUAGAGUUUUUGUCGUUGAAACUCAGGGUGGUUGUUGUGGAUAUAUUACUGUACUCGCUGGUCUUGCAGUUGGCUCUCUUCUUGUUUAUAGUCCUGAAGAUGGAAUUAAUUUAAGAAUAUUAACAGAAGAUGUUAAAUAUUUAAGGAAAUAUUUUGAACUUCAAAAAGCUGGUAAUAGAAGGGGUAAAUUAAUAUUAAGAAAUGAAAAAUCCUCAGACAUCUAUACUACAAAUAUGAUUUCUUCAAUUAUUAUAGCUGAAUCUGAUCAUCGAUUUGAUGUACGCACUGCUAUUCCUGGACAUGUUCAGCAAGGAAAUGUACCUUCACCCAUGGAUCGUGUUCGUUCUACUCGUUUAGCAAUCAAAUGUGUUCAAUUCAUUGAAAAAAUGUGUUAUACUAAUAUGCAUAAUGAUCCUUCUUCUGCUGCUGUUAUAGGUAUUCGAUCUUCCAAAGUAGUUACAACUCCUAUAGAGGUUCUUCAACAUGAAACUGAUAUGGAAAGACGUUGUCCUAAGACUUCUUGGUGGUUUAACAUUAAAGAUCUUAUAAAUAUUCUUAGUGGUCGAAAUGUUCCUUUUCAUUUAAUUCAAAAUUAAGUCAUAAAAUAUUUACAAACAAAAAGUAUUCAUAUAUACAAAAUCU